AUGGCAAUGAAUCGGGAGGUUUCGUUUCCCAGGCACAUGAGAAGUCCUGGGGAAGAUGGCUAUCGCACUCCAACCAUCGAAGAUACAGCAAACCACCUUGCAGAGAACAACAGCGGGGUUUCUUUAUUUCAACCAACAGCGACUAGGGUUCGCCAGGUCCACACGUCGGCCUUGGAAUCGUUGCACCUCUCCUCUUAUCGCAAGUCCGAAGGGAAUGGGAUUGAGGGAGAAGAAGAUGACUCGAAUCUUCCUCAAGUUAAGGUCUGGGGCAGUGGUCUUGGCUGGAAAAAGCGGAUUCGUCACUUUACCUGGGCCUUCUUCACCUUGACAAUGGCAACUGGUGGAAUAGCCAAUGUACUAUAUUUCGUUCCUUACAAGUUUCGUGGCUUGGAAACCAUUGGUAUCAUUUUUUUCCUGUUCAAUUUAGUUCUUUACAUCCUCAUAUGGUGUCUUUUGAUUGCACGGUUCCACUUUUACCCCUACACUUUCAAAGCAUCCUUCUUGCACCCGACCGAGUCACUUUUUGUACCUGCAUCGUUGGUCUCUUUUGGGACGAUAUUGAUCAAUAUCUCGCAAUAUGGACCCGACCAUGCUGGGCCCUGGCUCACAUAUGCUGUGGGGAUUUUGUUUUGGAUUGACGCGGCCCUUGCAGUCAUUUCUUCGGCCGCUAUUUAUCUCAUUUUGUGGUCAACACAGACAUUUACCAUUGCCCAGAUGACGCCUAUAUGGAUCUUCCCGGCGUACCCUAUGCUGAUAAUAGGCCCACAUGCUGGGAUCCUGAGUGCCAAGCUUGAACCGGCCCGUUCUUUGCGUAUUAUCAUCGGUGGGGUCACCAUACAAGGGGUUGGCUUCCUGGUCUCGUUAAUGGUUUACUCGGCGUUCAUCUACAGGCUGAUGUCGCAAAAACUCCCCCGAGAGAAUGUUCGGCCGGGUAUGUUUGUCUCAGUUGGUCCCAGUGCCUUUACAGUAUCAGGGAUUGUCAACAUGGCAGCCCAUGCGAAAAGAAGCUUCCCGGAUGAUUUCCUGGGCAAUGGUGCCUUGGCAGCAGACAUCGUGAAAGUUGUUGCGGAUUUUGCGUGCUUAUGGCUGUGGGGGCUGGCAAUCUUCUUUUUUUUUAUAGCAAGCUUUGCCCAUUGGUCUGCAAUCGGGCCCGGUCGAAUGGUCUUCUCGAUGGCAUGGUUUUCGUUUGUGUUCCCCAACACUGCACUGAUAACCGCCACUUUUGCUAUUGGGAAGGCCUUCUCCUGCAAAGCGAUAUCCAUAGUCGGAUGUGUCAUGGUAUUUCCCCUUAUACUAAUGUAUAUAUUUGUCUUCUACAUGAUGAUCCGUGCCAUCGUGUUGCGCCAAAUUCUUUGGCCCCAGAAGGGAGAAGAUAAAGACGAGGGUGGCUUUGAGAUAAAUCAAAUCAAAGCUGACUCGACAGGCGGAAACACCCCCAUUGAGGAUGUUUAA